AGCCUCUUACUACCAGAUGAAGCACAAACCAGCAUGUCUGACAACUGUCUGGGACCAAACCCUGAACACAAGCUUAUGCUCUAAGGUGCGGGGGUGUAUGCUGUUGUAAAGGCACCUGGAGGACUCUGGAGCAAUGCCACCACCUUCGGACAUUGUGAAAGUAGCUGUUGAGUGGCCAGGUGCCAAUGCCCAGCUGCUGGAAAUAGAUCAGAAAAGGCCUCUUGCAUCCAUCAUCAAGGAGGUCUGUGAUGGGUGGUCGUUGCCAAACCCUGAAUACUACACCUUGCGGUAUGCUGAUGGUCCUCAGCUGUACAUCACAGAGCAGACUCGCUGUGACAUCAAGAAUGGAACUAUCCUACAGCUGGCAGUCUCCCCGUCUAGGGCAGCUCGCCAGCUGAUGGAGAGGAUCCAGUCGCACAGUAUGGAAGCCCGACUGGAUGCCAUGAAGGAACUGGCUAAACUUUCAGCAGAUGUGACCUUUGCCACGGAGUUCAUCAACAUGGAAGGGAUUACAGUGCUGACACGGCUUGUGGAGAGCGGGACCAAGCUUCUGUCCCAUUACAGUGAGAUGUUGGCUUUCACCCUGACUGCCUUCUUGGAGCUCAUGGACCAUGGUAUUGUCUCUUGGGACAUGGUCUCAAUAACCUUCAUCAAACAGAUUGCAGGGUAUGUGAGUCAGCCUAUGGUAGAUGUCUCCAUCCUACAACGAUCCCUAGCCAUUCUAGAAAGCAUGGUGCUAAACAGUCAGACUCUGUAUCAGAAGAUAGCAGAAGAGAUCACCGUGGGGCAGCUCAUUUCUCAUCUGCAAGUCUCAAACCAAGAGAUUCAGACAUAUGCCAUUGCACUGAUCAAUGCCCUCUUCCUGAAGGCACCAGAGGACAAGAGACAGGACAAGCUGCUUAACCCACUAGACCUGCCCAUCACUGAAAUGGCUAACGCAUUUGCCCAGAAGCACCUGAGGUCUAUCAUCCUGAAUCAUGUGAUCAGAGGAAACCGCCCAAUUAAAACAGAAAUGGCACAUCAGCUGUACGUGCUACAGGUCCUGACCUUUAAUCUCCUGGAAGAGAGAAUGAUGACCAAAAUGGAUCCCAAUGAUCAGGCACAGAGAGACAUCAUAUUUGAGUUGAGAAGAAUUGCAUUUGAUGCGGAGUCUGACAGCAACACCGUCCCCGGCAGUGGAACAGAAAAACGCAAAGCCAUGUACACCAAGGACUACAAGAUGCUGGGAUUCACUAAUCACAUCAAUCCAGCCAUGGAUUUUACUCAGACUCCUCCAGGGAUGCUGGCAUUGGACAACAUGCUUUACUUGGCCAAAUUUCAUCAGGACACCUAUAUCAGGAUUGUUCUGGAGAACAGCAGUCGAGAAGAUAAGCAUGAGUGUCCCUUUGGGCGCAGUGCAAUUGAGCUUACUAGGAUGCUUUGUGAGAUCCUGCAAGUUGGGGAACUCCCCAAUGAAGGCCGGAAUGACUAUCACCCCAUGUUUUUCACCCAUGACCGUGCAUUUGAGGAGCUAUUUGCCAUCUGCAUCCAGCUGUUGAACAAGACUUGGAAAGAAAUGAGGGCGACAGCAGAAGACUUUAAUAAGGUUAUGCAGGUUGUGAGGGAACAGAUCACACGGGCUCUCCCCUCUAAACCAAACUCCUUGGACCAGUUCAAGAGCAAACUGCGCAGCCUGAGCUAUUCUGAGAUUCUGCGACUACGCCAAUCUGAGAGAAUGAGCCAAGAUGACUUUCAGUCACCACCUAUUGUGGAGCUGAGAGAGAAAAUCCAACCAGAGAUCUUGGAGCUGAUAAAGCAACAGCGCCUGAACAGGCUUUGUGAGGGAAGUAGCUUUCGAAAAAUUGGAAAUCGCAGAAGACAAGAAAGAUUUUGGUAUUGUCGCCUGGCUCUGAAUCACAAGGUGCUACACUAUGGAGAUCUGGAAGAUAAUGCCCAGGGGGAAGUGACCUUUGAAUCUCUACAGGAAAAAAUUCCAGUUGCAGACAUCAAAGCCAUUGUCACAGGGAAGGACUGUCCACACAUGAAGGAGAAAAGCGCACUGAAACAGAACAAGGAAGUGUUAGAAUUGGCCUUCUCGAUAUUAUAUGAUCCUGAUGAGACCUUGAACUUCAUUGCACCUAAUAAAUAUGAGUACUGUAUCUGGAUCGAUGGGCUUAAUGCGCUCUUGGGGAAGGACAU